UCCCUGGAUCGUUCUGGGUAUACUUGAAUAAGAAUAUAGCCACAAAGCUGUGCACUUCCAGUCUAGCAGGUGGCGCUGUGUGCAGCACUAUAUUAAAUAAACAUUGACGAAUAAGAAGUGCAUCAUGGGGUCACGCAUGAAGGUGCUUCGGGUGUUCAAAGAUCUGCACAAAACACGAAAAGAUGUAUUUAAAGAUGACAACAGAGCUAUGACAGCUGCUAGGUUAAAAAUAAACGAAGAAUUCAAAAGAAACAAAAAUGAAACAUCAGAUGAAAAUAUUAAAGAGAUGCUGAAAAUGGCCCGAUCAGUUGAGACCAUCCUUCGUGAAAAUGUAAUACAAGCAGAGCAUGUGGAGGAAAACAAAUUGUUGUUACGGCCACGGAAGAGCCUCCUGUUAGAAAAUGUACCUUACUGUGAUACCCCAGGAAAGACAUAACCUGAAAGAUUUAUAUUUAUUGAUAGUGAAACCAAUCAGUUUGUACAGGUCAUAUCUUAUUUUCAGAACCCUUUUUUAAAAAGUUUUCUGUCCUCUGCAAAUAUUUCAGAAAGAUGUUUUUAAUGUUACACCAGCUUGUUAAUCAAUAAAACAAAACAGAACAUACAUUUAUUCCUCAAAGACUUGUUUACUGUAAAAUUAAAUACAAGGUCUUUGACUAACGUCCAAAAUCAUACUAUUUUAGAUUUUAAAUUCCACUGAAGAUCACAUAGCAAAGUCUAAUGUAACUUUAAAACGUGUUACAUUUAUUACAAUCAUGCUCCAUAAUGGAACCUACAGCUACACUGUAAAUAUUUCUUUAGCAUAGUGUUUAUUAAAUUAUAAUAAAAGCUUG